UAUUUGUAGAUAAGGCAAUCGAUCAUCAACUUCAUUGCUUGGUAGCUUGUUGAAAUUGUCAUCAGCAAUGGAAAGUAAAUCCCACAAGACUGUUUUUGUGACGCUUGUCGUCUUUGCCAUGGUGUUAUCUCCUAUGGUAACCUCGUGCGAAGCUGCUCGAUCGACUCACCGAGAACUUCUCCAGAGGCCGCCGAUAUGUCCUGCUUGUGUGUGUUGUGCACCUCCACCACCGGGCUCAUGUUGCCGUUGCUGUGCUACUCCUACUCCUGUGGCGAUUGUAUCUGAAAAUGGAACACCAUGAGAAGCUGUUGUGUUCAAUUGCAGGCGUUAUGAAACCUCUUCGGCGAAAUUGAUCCAAGAUACUUACAAUAAUGAGGGGUUGUUUGCGAUAUACUUGUAAUUUUUGGGGGGUAUUUGCAUACUAGCAGUAAGCAGUAUAUAGAAUGGGGGACUUUUGCCCCCCUCCGUUUUUAUCUCCAAUAAUAAAAACAUGCUCUACGAGUUUUAAUAUGUUUUCUCAA